AUAUAUAUAUAUAUAUAUAAACGGGAAGAAGAGAGCUAUUGAGAAGGGAGCGGUCUUACAAUUUUCUCUCCUCAGCUCAAAUCUGCGUCUUCCCCAUUUCCAUCAUCUUGUCCGAAUUGUCCGUACGUACGGAGGAGUUUGAUCUGAAUCUGACCUGAGCUGCUUUAAUAUGGCUAAUUAUACUCCGAAGAAUAUUCUCAUCACUGGGGCUGCUGGGUUCAUCGCAUCUCAUGUCGCGAACCGCCUUGUUCGUAGCUAUCCUGAAUACAAGAUUGUCGUGCUUGACAAGCUUGAUUACUGCUCGAACUUGAAAAACCUGAUUCCUUCUCAAUCCUGCCCCAACUUCAAGUUUGUGAAGGGAGACAUUGGCAGUGCUGAUCUUGUCAACUACCUCCUGAUUACUGAAUCCAUUGACACGAUAAUGCACUUUGCUGCACAAACGCAUGUUGACAAUUCAUUUGGCAACAGCUUUGAGUUUACCAAGAACAACAUCUAUGGCACACACGUGCUUCUUGAAGCCUGCAAGGUGACUGGGCAGAUUAGGCGAUUCAUCCAUGUUAGUACGGAUGAAGUCUACGGAGAAACAGAGGAAGAUGCUGUAGUGGGAAACCAUGAAGCUUCUCAACUCCUACCCACCAACCCAUACUCUGCUACGAAGGCUGGAGCUGAAAUGCUCGUCAUGGCAUAUGGUAGGUCUUACGGGUUGCCAGUGAUAACGACCCGUGGAAACAAUGUUUACGGGCCAAAUCAGUUUCCUGAGAAGUUGAUCCCCAAGUUCAUCCUCUUGGCCAUGAGAGGGAAGCCUCUCCCGAUCCAUGGAGAUGGAUCCAACGUACGGAGUUACCUCUACUGUGAGGAUGUCGCUGAGGCAUUCGAAUGCAUUCUUCACAGGGGAGAGGUGGGACAUGUCUACAACAUCGGGACAAAGAAGGAAAGGCGAGUCAUUGAUGUAGCAAAAGACAUAUGCAAGCUCUUUAACAUGGACCCAGAGACCAGCAUCAAAUUUGUGGAGAAUAGGCCUUUCAAUGACCAGAGGUACUUUCUGGAUGACCAGAAGCUGAAAGACCUAGGUUGGUCUGAGCGGACUAUAUGGGAAGAAGGGUUGAAGAAGACCAUGGAGUGGUACAUCAACAAUCCAGACUGGUGGGGCGAUGUUUCAGGGGCAUUGCUCCCUCAUCCUAGGAUGCUUAUGAUGCCAGGUGGGAUUGAGAGACACUUUGAUGGGUCUGAGGAAGGGAAAUCCCCAUCCUUUGAGUCAGGCCCCAAUCAGACACGAAUGGUGGUCCCACCUUCUAAAGGCAACAGUUCUCCCUCGAAGCCAUCCUUAAAGUUUCUUAUAUAUGGGAGGACUGGUUGGAUUGGAGGUCUGCUUGGUCAACUGUGUGAGAAGCAGGGAAUCCCAUAUGAGUAUGGAAAGGGGCGUCUAGAGAACAGGUCACAGCUCGUCGCAGAUAUUCAGAGCAUUAAGCCGACCCAUGUCUUCAAUGCUGCUGGUGUCACUGGAAGGCCCAAUGUUGAUUGGUGUGAGUCCCACAAGACUGAAACUAUCCGCGCAAAUGUUGCUGGAACCUUGACCUUGGCUGGUGUGUGUCAGGAGCACGGGCUUCUGAUGAUGAACUUCGCCACGGGUUGUAUUUUUGAGUAUGAUGCUCAACACCCUGAGGGCUCUGGGAUUGGCUUUAAAGAGGAAGAUAAGCCCAACUUCACCGGCUCUUUCUACUCCAAGACUAAGGCCAUGGUUGAAGAGCUAUUGAAGGAGUACGACAAUGUCUGCACUCUGCGAGUUCGAAUGCCGAUAUCUUCGGACCUCAACAACCCACGCAACUUCAUCACCAAGAUCUCCCGCUACAACAAGGUGGUCAACAUCCCAAACAGCAUGACCAUUCUGGAAGAGCUCCUCCCAAUCUCAAUCGAGAUGGCAAAGAGGAACCUGAGAGGGAUAUGGAACUUCACGAACCCAGGGGUCGUUAGCCACAAUGAAAUCCUCGAGAUGUACAAGGCCUACAUUGACCCUGACUUCAAGUGGGCCAACUUCACCCUGGAGGAGCAGGCAAAGGUGAUUGUCGCCCCUAGGAGCAACAACGAGAUGGACGCGACCAAGCUGAAGAGCGAGUUUCCAGAGUUGCUGCCGAUCAAGGAGUCGCUGAUCAAGUACGUUUUCGAACCGAACAAGAUGACUUAAGGAGAGUUAACCCUGGUACUUAAAAUUUUUUUUCUUCGGGUACGAAUUUUCUUGGUCUGGGUCAUGUUACACUGUCUUAUUGGGAGGGUUGGUUAUAACGUGGUUGCAUUAGCCAUUUCACAGGAGAUUUUACGAGCUUUCUACAGGGUUAAAAGUAUUUUAACACCCCAUUAUUAUCCCUUCAUUCUACUGUCAUCGACUGCCAUUGGGAGAGAGAGGAUGAGCAUUAGCUUGUACUUAGGUAAAAUGCUUCUUUUUGUUUUGUUCGGUAAACGUAAGAUGUUGAUUUAUUCGAAUAAAAUUGAAAUUCUUAAUUUAUGAACGUUUUUA